CAGGCUGCUAAGAUGGCGUUUUGAUGACGACGCGAGAAACGAGGACCCCUGCCCUUGUUCGAAAGUUACCUCAAUGAAAAACAUCAAGGGCAGGAGAUGGAGCUCUCAAAUUAUGCCAGUCAACUGCUGCUUCAGCUUAACCAGCAGCGCUCCAAGGGCUUCCUUUGUGACGUUGUCAUAAUGGUAGAGAACACACUCUUUCGUGCUCACAAAAGCAUCCUUGCUGCUACCAGCAGCUACUUCAAAUCCCUGGUGCUUCAUGAUAACCUCAUCCACCUCGACUCAGAGGUGGUGGAGCCAGCUGUGUUCCAGAAGAUUCUGGACUUCAUUUAUACCGGCAAGCUUUGUGAUGAGAGUCAGGGAACUGACCCUGUGCAGAAUCUGAGCUCCCUUCUGGCAGUUGCUAACUACCUUCAGCUCCCUGACCUUGUGAGUCUGUGUUCCAGCAGGCUGGAGCCAAGCAAGGCCUCCUCACGAAGGCAGCCUUUUUCCCCCACCUCAAAGAGCUUGGCCAAGCGAGAGUCGGGCGACGCUUCAUCCGAUGCCGACGCGUACACUAGCAUGGUCCCUCCAAAAAAGAGAAAUAAUGGUCAGAGCAAGCGCAUCCAUAAUAACAAGCUGAGCUUUGGGCUGGAUUUGACCAAAAGGAGCUCCUCCCUCUGUGCUGCCAUUUCCCUGAGUAACGAGCUUGGCAGCGUGCAGGCUUACUCUCGGGCCUCCCUUUCCAGGAAAACUGCCAGCAGUAUUCCAUCAGGUGUGGAGGCGACGUGCUCUCUGGAGAAAACAAGUGGCCUGGCUUCCUUCGAUGGAGCGCAGAACUGGAGAAGAACCCCUCCCAGGGAGCGGUCCAGGAGGAAAGGCAACGUUAACGGUUAUUUCCCUGUGAUCAAGGGCGGAAGCCAGACCCUUGUUUUACUGCCGGAUGAGAAGGAAGGCCGUGAUGAGAAUGCCCCCGAUGGACCAGAGGACAGAGUGUCUAGCGAUGCCAGCCCUAACUUUGUCUAUCGUGAGGAGUCCUACAUCAAACCGUCUCAGGGGGACAACCCUUAUGUCUGCAUCCCCUGUGGAAAGGGCUUCCCAUCUUCAGAAAGCCUCAACUCCCACGUGGAGACCCACAUAGACAUGGAUCUUGCUCGGGAGGAAGAGGAAGGGGUUGAAGAUCCUGCUGCCACUGAGGUGUCACAAGAAGCCCCAGAGGCUGCGGAUAAAACCCCCCCGAAGGCCCAACGAGAGCUGGAUGCCUUGCGUCCGUUCCCCUGUGACAUCUGUGGCAAGAUGUUCACACAGCGUGGCACCAUGACGCGUCACAUGCGUAGCCACCUGGGUCUGAAGCCGUUUGCCUGCGAGGAGUGCGGCAUGCGCUUUACACGCCAGUACCGCCUCACCGAGCACAUGCGUGUGCACUCGGGGGAGAAGCCCUAUGAGUGUCAGAUCUGUGGAGGCAAGUUUACACAACAAAGAAACCUCAUUAGCCACAUGCGAAUGCAUACCUCAUCAACCUAGGCGAGGAGUGAGAGAGUGUAGUCGGGUUACGCUCAAAUGAAUGUUGGGGCAAAUAGUUCAAACCUCUUAAAAGAGCUUUUUGGUCUGAUAAAAUAUUACCUCAUGUAGUUACAGUAAGUUAUCGUCUCUGAGUAUAUACUUGUGGUACCUUUUUUUUUUUUUUUUUUUUUUUUUUUUUUUUUUUUUUUUGAACGAGUGAAUGUAACACUCAAAUGUCAUUUCUGAGUCUUUUACAGUUAAAAUGCAGGACUUUUUGUUAUUGUGCUUUAUUGAGAUAAAACAAAAGUCUUGUUUACUUGAAUACACUUUCAAACGUUGCUACCUCAGCUUUGAGCUCCCAAACCCUCAAAUGCUAGCCCUUUGAGAUUGUUCACUACACAGUCUGAAGUUAUUCUUCAAAAAUGGUUGGUUUUAUUUUUGGGGGUUUUUUUUUUGUUUUGUUUUUUUAUUGCUCCACUUAGCAUCUGACAUGAAUCCAAAACAAACUGUAAUGAUUGACUCACAAGAGGAACAUUCACUGCCUGCAUUACAGUGAGAAGGACAGAUUAAAAUCCAAUAUAGAUUUCUUUAAACAAGGAUUGUUUUCUAAUGGGGGUUAGUGGGGCAAGGGUUAUUACCUGAUGAGUUUCAAGGAGCAUUGAGGCAUGUCUGAUGUACAGUUCCAAAGAAAUAAUGAAUGUUGAAAGGUAAACAAAUACUGUAUUACUAUAACCAAAUCUAUAUUCUUUCAAUAUAUGUAUUUAAGUGUAAGUCUAAUUUAUGUGUUUCUUCAGUUUUACCUCUUAGUCCUUCUACCCAUGCCUUUAUCAUUGGGUUUAUUCAGUGUAAAAUGUUGAUUCUUUAUGAUUUUCCCUGUGCGUGAAACCUUGCGUUUAUACAGCUGUUGUUGUUAUGAGACCAAAAGGACUGUCUGUGAACUAUUGAACUAUUGUAAAUAACUUUUCAGUGUCUUGAAGAAAUUUCUUGAUUGCUAACUGAGUCCAGGGUUAUGAUGGUUAUUGCAUGAACUCUUUAGUUCAUAAUACUUGGUUGCUCCUUCAAAAUAGUCAGUCAGAACACUGUUUGGCAGGGGAGAGGGGGAGAGGGGUGAGUCUUGUUUUUUUUAUUGAAACAAGCCAGACUUAACUGUUACUUUUCAACUACCUCGUCCGUCCCCCCCCCCCCCCCUUUCCAUCUUAAGCAUGUUGACAGCCUCUCCAAACCACAUCCCUGCCCCUCAACCCAUUAGAAGCAGUCAGCAUAGUUUGUACGGAAAAUCUCAUAAAGCACAAAAUACUGCCCUGUUAUCGCAUAGAGUUUGAUUGAAUGAAUGUUCUUUCUCAUUUUAUCCACACCCAAACAAGGAGUUUACUCUAGGGUAAUUAUCAAGGAUGCUGGCUGUACUACCAUGGAAUGUUGAAAUAUGCAGGAACUUUUUGAUUCCUGAUGGACUUGAAACCGAUCUGCAAAACUGUGAUGCUUGGACUAUUUUCCACUGGAAACCUCAGGGAUUGUGUUUGGGCACAUCUGCCCUUUUAUAUCACAAAGCGCCAAUUUCCGAUAUUUUUGCAGCUAUGUUUCAGUGUUUGAUCACUACUUUCACACGUUAAUACGCAGAAGCAUUCUUUACAAGUAACACAAUAAGCCUUCAUAAGGCAUGGCAGCUCAGAUCUGUAGUCUGCUUUCCAUUUGCAGUAUAUUUUAAUAAUCAUGUUAAAUAACAUGAAUUUCAUAUGCAUUUGGAAAGAAUAUCAAAAACCAUUGUUCAAAGAAUAUGAAUUGUGAUUUGUUGAAUACCAAAGCACAUUUUCCCAAAAAAGUAUGGAUACAUAUGUACUUGAUAUGAUACUUAUAAAUAAAUGCUGUUAAGAUAA